GCAAUCUCACAGAAAUCGUUCAUUUCAACAAUGAGCGCGAAAAAAGUAGAGAGAAUAUUAAGCUGGGCUAUACCAUUAAUUGAGGCGUCAAAGCUUAAUAGACCGUUCUUUAUAGGAUUGACAGGUCUACAGGGGUCUGGGAAAUCAACAAUUGUAAAUGAACUAACAAACGAAUUACAAAAAGGUGGAUUCCGCACCAUUCAUUUCAGCCUUGAUGAUCUCUAUCUUACGCAUCAGGAGCUCAAGGAUGUUUCGGCGAGACAUCCAGCGAACAAGCUUUACAAACAUAGGGGCUUAUCUGGUACACAUGAUAUGGUACUAGCGAAGGAUAUAUUUCAGCAAUUGCGAGAGAGUUGGAAUGAUCCACCGGGUUCCUCCAUUCAGAUACCAGUUUAUGAUAAGUCACUUCACAGCGGACAGGGAGACAGGAAGAGCAAAGGCGAAUGGCGUACUAUCAACCUCGAUGAUCCGAUCAAAGUUGUUAUUUUUGAAGGUUGGUCAAUCGGUUUUAGACCCUUAGAACAAUCUGUUUUGGCAGCCCAACACAAGUCUGCACAGAGUAGUCCAGCUGGAUUGACAAAUCAGAUCGCUGAACAUACUCUGGAGGAUAUCACUGAUAUCAAUAAUGCACUGAAAGAGUAUGACACAUAUUUCUCUGGUCCUCAGUUCUUCGAUUGCUUGGUGUACCUCCAAGCAAUGGAAUUAGGAUAUGUGUACGACUGGAGAGAUGAACAGGAGCAAAACCUAAGAAAUGCGAACAAACCACACCAAACAAAGGAAGAAAUUAUCAGCUUUGUGAAAAAUUACAUGGUUGCAUACGAAUUAUAUUUACCUCCACUAACGUCUCAGGGUUUCUUUGACACUAGACAAGGUAGACAGCUUACCCUGACGCUCGAUAAAGACCGUAAUAUACUAGGUAGCCAGGUUAUUUAGUUAUUUAAAUCGGAAUUUUGUAUUAUCUGAAUCUCAGACAUUUAAUUACUUUAUCUC